AUGAAUUGCACGUUUUGCGUCUCCGCUACUAGACUUCUAUACGUCAUUGUUAAUUUUGUGAUCAUUUUAAAACUCACACUAUUCAGUACCUACUUGGGACUGGGUGUGAACCCAGAUACGGUGUGUGUGGUUUUAUGUAAUCUUACUUAUACUGUUCUGUUAAUGAAGAAACUUAUAGUGGAGUUUGUGAAAUACAUGCUAAAUGGCUAUUGUCUUCUUGCGACUGAAGCCAGAGACAUGAACACGCAUAGGGGUUGUCAUUCACAUCAAGCAGGGUAG